AUCUGUUUCACUUUCAUUAUCUCGUGAGCCUCGAAGAAAGCAAAAAAAUCUAAGAGCUUGUUCUAGGGUUUCGACUUUCGACGGCCGGAAACAUGAAGCCUGUCUUCUGUGGGAACUUCGAGUACGACGCUCGUGAGGGUGAUCUUGAGCGGCUUUUCAGAAAAUAUGGAAGGGUUGAGAGGGUUGAUAUGAAAGCUGGGUUUGCCUUUGUCUAUAUGGAAGACGAAAGGGAUGCUGAAGAUGCCAUCCGAGCGCUUGAUCGGUAUGAGUUUGGGCGGAAAGGACGCAGACUCCGUGUUGAGUGGACAAAGAAUGAGCGUGGAGGUGCUGCAAGGUCAGGUGGAGGAUCAAGAAGAUCAUCAUCGGGGAUGAGACCUUCCAAGACUCUGUUUGUGAUCAACUUCGAUGCACAGGGCACUAGGACUCGGGACUUGGAGAGACACUUUGAGCCGUAUGGAAAAAUCGUUAACGUUCGAAUCAGAAGGAACUUUGCAUUUAUCCAAUAUGAGUCCCAAGAAGACGCCACCAGAGCACUGGAUGCUACAAACUCGAGUAAGCUGUUGGAUAAGGUGAUCUCAGUGGAGUAUGCAAUGAAAGAUGAUGAUGCGAGAGGAAACGGAUACAGUCCUGAAAGACGUCGUGAUAGGUCACCUGACAGGAGAAGGCGAUCACCGAGUCCUUACAGGAGAGAAAGAGGAAGUCCUGACUAUGGCCGUGGUGCUAGUCCAGUUGCACACAGGAAGGAGAGGACUAGUCCUGAAUAUGGCAGAGGAAGACGCAGCCCGAGUCCUUACAAGAGAGCCAGGCUUAGCCCGGACUAUAAGAGGGAUGAUCGCAGGAGGGAGAGGGUGUCUAGCCCUGAUUACAAGAGGGAUGACCGUAGGAGGGAGAAGUUGGCAGCCCCAGAGAAUGGAGCUGUGAGGAGCAGGAGUCCAAGAAACGGACAUGGUGAGAGCAGGAGCCCUCCUCCAUAUGAGAAGAGGAGGGAGAGGUCGAGGUCAAGGUCAAAGUCAAGCCCUGAGAAUGGUCAAGUUGAAAGCCCUGGACCGGUAAUGGAAGAAGAAUCCGGAAGAGGAGGAUAUGAUGGUGCAGAAAGCCCGGUUCGCGAGAGCCACUCUCGUUCGCCUCCAGCUGAGGAAUGAUUGGACUUCUAUGUGUGUCGGAUUCACAAACAAACGAUGUCUCUCUCGAAGUAGCUGUGUCUGAAGUCUUACGACUUAUGUUCUGUUUUUUAAGUGUUAUUUGUGUCUUUGUUAAAGUGCUACUGUAAACUUAACUAUUGACUCAUUUGAAUUCGGUUAUUGUAGUAUUGGUUAAAAUUGCACCUGACUUUGGUUUACUAUAUUUCAGUAGAUGUUUUUUUA